UGCAACAUUAGCUGUCACCUAUCUCGCUCCCAACUCUCUAGUGUGGCACCAUAUGGGGAGCAGCUAGCUAGCCAGGGGAAAUUCCAACUCGUGGCUAAAAACGACAUGGACAAGAUAUAUGAGAACGUAGGGUGCAGCUGAAACGAAGAUCGGCAACGAACACAGCAUUAUCGGCCAGCCCGGGGGAAAAUCAAUUAUAAUCAAGGGUCACCGGGUCAAGCUGUUCAUAGUUCAGGCCAUGGAAGCUGUAGAAGUAGAAUCAAAAGGCGCGCAUGGUGACGACCGCCGGACGUCCAGGAAUGAUCGCCGGAGCUCGUGGGGCUGCACUUUGCUUCUCGUGAACAACAGCUUGCAGUUCAUGUCCUACUUCGGCUUGUCGACGAACCUGGUGAACUACUUCAAGGUCGAGCUGCACGCCGACAGCAAGUCUGCGGCGAACAGCGUCACCAACUGGGUGGGUACCAGCGCCAUCACGCCACUCGCCGCCGCCUACCUUGCCGACUCCUUCCUCGGCAGAUACUGGACCAUCACCCUCUGCCUCGUCAUUUCCGUCGCGGGAUACGGAGUGGUGACGGUGAGCGCGUCGGCGGCGCUGCAGAGCGCCGUGUUCUACGCGGGGCUGUACCUGGUGGCCCUCGGCGGCGCGGUGACGCCGGUCAUGGCGUCGUUCGGCGCCGACCAGUUCGGUGACGACGAGUCCGAGCGCGCGCGGCAGAGCUCCUUCUUCAAUUGGUUCUACUUCUCCAUCAACGUGGGCUCGCUUGUCGGCGGCACCGUGCUGGUGUGGGUGCAGACCGCUCACGGCUGGCUGCUCGGCUACGGCAUCCCGGCCCUGCUCAGCGUCCUCGCCGUCGUGCUGUUCAGCGCUGGUACUGGCGCGUACCGCACGCACCAGCCGCCGGCGGGCAGCCCGCUCACCAGGAUCGCGCAGGUGGUAGUCGCCGCCGUCAGGAAGUGCGACGUGGAGGCGCCGGACGACGCCGCCCUUCUGCACGAGUGCGACGGCGAUGAUGGCAUGUCGGCGAUAAAGGGGAGCCGCCGACUCGCGCACACCGACCAGUUCAGGUUCUUGGACAAAGCGGCGGUCGAGACGGCGGGUGACAAGGGGGCGCAGCCGCCGAGCCCGUGGCGGCUCUGCACGGUGACGCAGGUGGAGGAGCUCAAGUGUGUGCUCAGGCUGUUGCCGGUGUGGGCAUGCGGCAUCAUCUUCACGGCAGCCUACACACAGAUGUCCACAACCUUCAUCCUCCAGGGUGACACCCUAGAUCCUCGCCUCGGCAGCUUUCGCAUUCCCGCCGCUGUGCUCUCCGUCUUCGACACCCUGAGUGUCAUGCUCUGGGUCCUCCUCUACGACCGCGCCAUCGUCCCGCUCGCACGCCGCCUCACGGGCCAUCACGGAGGGUUCACGCAGCUGGUGCGCAUGGGCAUCGGCUUCAUCAUCCUCACCGUUGCCAUGCUCGCCGCCGGUGCGCUCGAGGUUGCCCGCCGCCGCGUCCUCUCGCGCCACGGGAUGUUCGUCGACGCGGACGGAGCGGAGUACGUGCCGAUGUCGAUCUUUUGGCAGGUGCCGCAAUACGUGGUGGUGGGGGCUGCGGAGGUGUUCACGUUCAUCGGGCAGCUCGAGUUCUUCUACGACCAGGCGCCAGACGCCAUGCGAAGCGUCUGCUCGGGGCUUGCCGCUGCGUCGUUCGCACUGGGUAACUAUGCUAGCUCGUUGCUCGUGGCUAUCGUGGUGCGCGCCACGGUGACUGGCGGGCAGCCCGGGUGGAUCCCCGAUGACAUCAACAGUGGCCACCUCGACUAUUUCUUCUGGCUGCUCGCCAUACUCUGUGUCGGCAAUUUCGGCGUCUACCUGCUGGUCGCACGGUGGUACAACUACAAGAAAACGAUGGAUUAGUGUGCUAGAAGAUCACCGUGCGUACGUGUAAAAUGGAAAUGCGUGUCAUGGACUCAUGGUUGAUGCACGAAGUUUCUACGUAUCCGGAUGGAAGAAUAUUUCGAGUGUACUACACUUGAAUCCCACUAGUACAAAAUCUAUUAUCGCCGUGGGGCAUUUACCCUUGCUCCCACGGGCUA